AUGCGUUUCGAGAUCAUUGCACUUCUGGCCGCGGCUGCCACCUCAUCUGCCCAGUCGGUUGUUGGUACAGCUUACGGGUACGGUGCCGGUGCGACCGGUGGAGGAGACGCCGCCGCUGUCACCCCAACCACGAACGAGGAGCUCGAGAAGUACCUCUCCGAUGACACUGAGCGCGUGAUUGUACUCAACAAGGAGUUCGAUUUCACUGGCAAGACCGCGACUGGUGCUGGUUGCGACAAGUCCACCUGCUCAGCCAAGAGCGGCGGUGGGCAGUACUAUCUGGGCGACCUCUCCUGCGGUGGUUCGGAGAUGACACCCGUCAGCUCCAUCACCUACGAUGCAGCCGGUGAGACCGCGCUCAAGAUUGGAUCCAACAAGUCUAUCCUCGGCGUUGGCGGAAAGGGUGUGAUCAAGGGCAAGGGUGUCUCCAUCGCCAAAGACGCCAGCAACGUCAUCAUCCAGGGCGUCGAGUUCACCAACAUCAACCCCGGCGUCGUAUGGGGAGGUGACGCUCUUGACAUGCAGGGAGGAAACACCAAGAUCUGGGUUGACCACUGCAAGUUCUCACUCGUCGGACGUAUGUUCGUUGUCAGCCACUAUGAUGGCUCCGAGGCUACCCUCUCUAACAACGAAUUCGACGGUGUCACCACCACGUCCGCUACCUGCAACGACAACCACUACUGGACGAUGAUGAUGAUUGGAAAGACUGAGAAGUUCACCCUCGACAAGAACUACUUCCACGAUGUAUCUGGUCGUGCGCCCAAGCUCGGCCAAGACGGUGUCAGCAGCACUUUCCACGCUAUCAACAACCUCUUUGAGAACAUGAAGGGUCAUGCUUUCGAUGCCUACGAUGGUGUCAGUGCACUCGUCGAGGGUAACGCAUUCGUCGCCGUUGACCAGCCCAACACCGAGCACGCUGCUGGUAUCGCAUCCUUCGUCAGCAAGGGUGGGGAUGCCUGCUCUGCUCCCUUUGGCCGUGCUUGUCUCGAGAACAGCGUCGACUCUGCCAGCGGCAAGCUGUCUCCUGGUUCCUCUUCCGGAUUUAUUGCUCAGCUUGGAAAAAUCGACGUCCCUGAGGUUCUGGAGGCUGGCAAGGUCGCCGCCCACGUCAAGGCCAAUGCUGGUCCCGCAAACCUCGGUACCGCAUCUGCGUCUGCUCCUGUCGCUGAAAAGGUUGUCGAGCCUUCCACUCCCACCUCUGCGGCACCGAGCAAACCGGCUGCUACCACCGCCGCUGCUAAGCCUGCUCCUGCCGCUCCCACUGGCUCUGGUUCAUCCGCCGGCGCUGCCAAGCUCUACGCGCAGUGCGGUGGCCAGGGUUUCACCGGUCCCACCAAGUGCGAGGCUCCUGCGACCUGCGUGAAGAGCAAUGAAUGGUACUCCCAAUGCAUCAACAGCUCUUCCAAGUUCCGCCGCGCUCUUGGCCGCUACUUCUAG